AUGACCCUGCUGCAGGGGUGCGGCCAGCCCAGAAUCUCCGGCCGAAUUGUUGGGGGCGGGGACGCCCCAAGGGGCCGGUGGCCGUGGCAGGUCAGCAUCCAGCACAAUGGACACCACUUCUGUGGUGGGUCGCUCAUCUCAGCCCAGUGGGUUGUGUCAGCAGCUCAUUGCUUCCAAUUAUCUGACCUUGCCUCUUCCUAUCGUGUGAACCUGGGGGAAUACCAGCUCUCCUAUCCCUCCCGGUGCCGGAUCUCAUCCCUCGUGAGCCAGAUCUUUGUCCAUCCCAACUACAGCACCACGUGGAAGUCUGCCGACAUCGCCCUACUGCAGCUGACAGAGCCAGUGCGAUACACCAGUGAAAUUCUCCCCGUCUGCUUGCCAGGCCCCUCCGACUCCUUCCCUGACAACCACGUGUGCUGGGUCACUGGUUGGGGGAGAAUAGACUCUGAGGUCUCUCUUCCACCCCCCAAGACGCUGCAGGAGGUUCAGGUCCAGCUGAUCCACACUGCAGCCUGCAACACCCUCUACAACAUCGACCCAGCCCCGAACAUCGGCAGGGACCCCGUCAAACCCGACAUGAUCUGUGCUGGCUACGCUGAAGGGCAGAGGGACUCCUGCCAGGGUGAUUCUGGGGGGCCGCUGGCAUGUGACCACAAUGGGACCUGGUUCCUGAUGGGGAUCGUGAGUUGGGGGGAAGGCUGUGGCCAGCCCAAUCAUCCUGGUGUCUAUGUCCGGACGGUGGCCUAUGGCGAAUGGAUAUGGGAGCACAUUGGCUCCGGGAGCCAAGCCAGCACCAUGGGGAACUGCACCUCAGGGACGAAUGAUGCCAGACCCUCCUUCAGCAGCUUCAUGCUUCUCUUCAUCACCACUCUCCUGAUGUCACUCUGA